UGAACAUCACCGAGGAAGAAUAAAACGCCGUCACAGAUCACCGGGAUCACGAGAAGAAAGCCGGCUGAAGCCUUGCGUUUAGCUCAUACAUUGACACAUGAUCUCGGUUAAGUUCUGAGAUCUACCUUCUUAGUUUUCUUUAGUUGAAAACGAUCAUCAUGGUCAAGAAGAGAAGCGGUAACCGUGAGACCGAGAGCAGUCCGCUGGUAGAGCCGGAGCCGAGGCCCUCCAAACAAACUCCAGUACUCAAAGGAGCCCAGUCGUCAGGAGGAGCCUCCGCACGCAUGUCAAUCCUCCUCCUCAUCACUAUCUUUGCCUGCUCGGCUUGUGUCAUGUAUCUGCUGUUCAGAAAUUUCCCAGAGCUGAGCGAGGACGAGAGAGAAAAAAUCAAAAUUCCUAAAGACAUGGAUGACGCCAAGGCAUUGGGCAUAGUGCUGUCCAAAUACAAGGACACAUAUUACACUCAAGUGCUUUUAGCGUACUUUGCUACAUACAUCUUCCUUCAGACGUUUGCCAUCCCAGGCUCCAUCUUUCUCAGUAUACUCUCUGGUUAUCUCUACCCUUUUCCAUUAGCUCUGUUCCUGGUCUGUCUGUGUUCAGGCCUUGGAGCGUCUUUUUGCUAUAUGUUGUCUUAUUUAGUCGGGAGGCCGAUGGUGUACAAGUACCUCACAGAGAGGGCUCAGAAAUGGUCACAACAGGUGGACAAGCACAGAGAGCACCUCAUUAAUUACAUCAUUUUUUUGAGAAUAACUCCGUUCCUUCCAAACUGGUUCAUCAACAUCACCUCGCCGGUCAUUAAUGUGCCUCUGGGUGUCUUCUUCCUGGGGACCUUUCUAGGAGUGGCUCCUCCAUCGUUUGUGGCGAUAAACGCAGGGACGACGUUGUACAAGCUGACCACAGCCGGCGAGGCCGUGUCCUGGAACUCUCUUCUCGUGUUGGCGGUUUUAGCCGUUCUCUCCAUCCUGCCCGUCUGCUUUCAGAAGAAACUCCAGCAGAAACUUGAGUAGAGCUCACCACCCCUGCUUGAUUCAGCUCAGGAAUGAUACUGGUCCUCUAAAGCUUUCUUCUCUUCUUUUGUGCAUGUACGACAAACUCUCGUUUCAUCAUAUGAUGGGCAAGUCAGGUCCACCCUCCAUUGUUUCCACAGUACUUUCAUGGGAUGAAAAAUUCUGUCAUCACCGAUUUCCUCUAGCGUUAUUUUCCACAUCAAUGUCUUCGGGGGAUUUUCAAUAUUUUCCACAAAACCGCAUUGAUUAAUGUGAGAUCCACUGGAAGAGACAUAUUUUCACUCCCUCUGAAGAUGCUGAGCUAAAGAGGAAAGUGCCAACUGCGACCUUUUUCAUUCUUAUGGCUAAUUUAAUAUUCAAACGUGUUCGAGAAUGAGGUAUUACAUGCAUCAGAAACCGUCUUUGUGGGUAUUUCUCAUGAAUGGACAAUCUCUAAACAGUGCCCUGUGUACUGCUGCUAACUGUAGAAGAUACUGCUUAGCUCUUGUUAUAGACCUAAUUUUUCCCAGACAACUGAUAAAUAUGGAUGAUGCCAUUAGUAUUACAGAUCACGACUGUAGAGUGUAUAUAAUAUAACAGCCUUAAUGUUACAGGUUACUUGAAGUAAAAUAAAUGGAACGAAUUUACCGACAUCACAUGUACUGAACUAUUAACACCUGUUUUAACAUUUCAAACUAUUUUUCUUCCUUCAUCUUCAUCCUCAGGCCAUCCGAAAUGUAGAUGAGUUUGUUUCUUCAUCAGAACAGAUUUGGAGAAAUUUAGCAUUCGUCUCUUGCUCCGCAAUGGUUCCUCUGCAGUGAAUGGGUGCCGUCAGAAUGAGAGUCCAAACAGCUGAUAAAAACAUCACAAUAAUCCACGAUUGAUCCAAACAACUCCAUUCCAUCAAUGAAUGUCUUGUGAGGUGAAAAGCUGCAUGUUUGUAAGAAACAAGUUGGACUCUAAACGUGUCUAGAUUAUUGUGAUGUUUUUGUUUUUAUUUUGUUCUGACGGCACCCAUUCACUGCAGAGGAUCCAUUGGUGAACAAGUGAUGCAAAACUGGUGAAGAAAUAAACUCAUCUGUAUCUUGGAUGGCCUUAGGGUGAGUAAUUUUAAUUAUUGGGUGAAUUAUUCACUUAAUCGGCAGGACUUUAUACAGUUAAACCUUCUGCAGUGAAAAUUCCCUUUCAGUAAAAUAAAUCAGUCCUAAAAAAGGUCUUGCAUUUUGUAUAAUAAAUGUUUUUUCUUAAUAUCUUUCUAAAUAAACCUUCAAUGUACUAGUUUCCUGUCUGUAAAGGAAACCGAAUCCACAAUAUGUGCAAUAAAGCAUUUGCACAGAAAUGUCUCUGAAGUGGAAGAGUGUGAUGAGGGACAGUUCUUAUUAUCAUUAACCUCGUUACCUCAUUUGAGUCGUUUCUCUCAUGUUGCAUUCAUUUAUAUAUCUGCAGUUUUUAUUUGAAUAUCCACCCAAACGUUUAGUUUUUGUCAUCUGUAAAUGUCUCUUGACGUAACAUGGAUGGCACUAAACACUACUGUACUCUCUCGGACCCAUUUAUAAAGUUGUACUCAUCCUGAUUUUUCUCUAGCAUAUUUUUACAGAACUCUAUCAAUAAAUGAAUGUUACUGAUUAGAGUAUUACAAAUCAUGUGCUGUAUUUUUUUUUUAAAUCUAUUCAUUUAUGUCUGUCCAUCUUCUUGGAAUAUAAUAUAUUGUGUAAUAUAUGCAUAUAUAUGUUUAAUAUAUGAUGA